AUGUUAAAACCAAAAAUGAUAGAAAAUGAAAAAGAUUUUUGCUGUUAAAACAAGCACAACCAACCAAUCCAUUUGGCUGUGCUUGAUCCAAACUUAGACAAGGAACAUAGACUAUUAUGCAAUUUAUGCAUGGAAAGCUUCGAAUCUGAUUCCAAAACUAUUGGAUUUAAAAAAAUAAUCUAAAUUAUUGAAGAUCUAAUUGAGUCGAAGAAAAACAAUUUAGAAAGUAUUACUUCAGAAAUAAUUCGAAAAUUACAAAUCUGCAUAAUAAAUAUACAAGAAUUAAAAACUCACUUUAUGGAAUUAUUCGAUUCUUUCAUUAUAAUAGUUGAAGGUUGGACUUAAAGUUUACUGGCAUAAAGAGAAUAAUUCUACCUAUACAGCUUCUAUGAUGAAUUAGAUAACUUUAUUAAGAACUAGGAUAUAAUCUACGAUUCUAAUUUAAAACACAUUAUUAACAUUAAUAGAUCUUGGGUAACGAAAUUAAGCAAUAACUUAAUCUAAUACAACCAAGAUAAAGAUAAAUUAAACUUUUAAACGCUAAAGUAACAUAUAAUCAGCAUCACCCAGUCAAAUUGGUUACAAAACAUUAGUGAAAGCAAAUUAAAAUUAAUUGAUUAAUCUAUUAAAUAAAAUGAAGAAUGUUCAGCUAUAGCAUUUGAUUCUUUUGGUUCAAUUAUGGUAUCAACCGAAAAGUAUGAUAUUAAAGUUUGGAGUUUUCUAAAUGGAACAUUCAAAUUAGUUAAAACUUUGUAAGGACAUACUGAUUGGAUCUAAUGUUUAGUUUAUAGUAAAAAACAGAAUUCUUUUAUUUCAUGCUCUGGAGACAAAACAAUAAGAUGCUGGCAAUAAUUAAACUAAAAUGAUUGGAUUUGUUCAUAACCUUACUUAUAACAUACAGAUUACAUUAUGUGUAUUAUAUUGAAUUUAAAUGAGGAUUUACUAUUUUCUGGAAGUUUUGACAAAUCAAUUAAAGUUUGGAAGGUUGAGUUAAAUAACAAUAAACUGGUAUUUCUAUAUUCUUUGGAUAAACAUCAUAAUUAUGUAAUUUCGUUAAGUUUAAAUUAAUCAGAACAUUAAUUAGUGUCAUGUGGAUAUGGAUAAAAUUAAAUAAUUAUUUGGGAAAAAAGAGAGAAAGAUGACUUUGAAUUUAAAUAUUUUGUUAAAUAAUCAAUUUAAGAUUACGGUUAAAAAGUUAAAUUUAUUAAGGAAAAUUAAUUUAUUUGGAUAACAGGUGAUUAUCAAACAGAUAAAUUUUAUGUAUUUGAAUUAAACCAAGGGUUCUUUUAAGAAAAUUAAGAGAAAACGCUUUAAUUCAUUCCAAAUAAUCAAGUUUAUGAUGAAUAUCGUUUUCCAAUUAUUUAUAAUAAGGAGAGGAAUUUAAUUGUAGUAAGACAUAAGACAUAUAUUUAUAUCAUUAGAGAAGUUAAUGAUGGGAAGUACAAAAUUGAUGAUAAAUUGAAUUGUGACACAAUCGGUAUUUUUGGAACUAUCACAAACGAUGGACAAUAUUUGGUGUAUUGGGAUAAGAAAAAUAAAGGAUAUUCAUCAUAUAAAUUAUUAAAUAAAUGA